AUGGAUACCGGUGCCUUCACCCGCGCCGAGGCCGGCAGUAGCGAAGGCGGCGUGGCAGGGGCUUAUUUCCGCAAUGCGACCGCACCGCGUGUCGACACCGACGCCGUCAUCUACGAGUCCAUCGCCACCGCGCACCCGGGUGUGCCCAUCACGACGGUCCCGGAGUGGAGCUGUAACUUGCGAGCCUACGCCGCGGCAGGGCAUGGCGUGCUCGAGACAGUCGAGGCACAAUCCCCGUCAUCGGCAUCGUCCUCGACGCCGUCAGCAGCGGACCCUAAGUCAGACGCCAAACACAUCUGGCCGUCGACGCUGCGAUGGACCGUGUAUCUACCGCCCAUGAGGCGACUCGACGGCGGCGAGGGUGUCGUGGCCGACGAAGUCUUCUUCGAGACCUGCACCUACACGUGGGAGGGGUUCACGUUCCUGGUCUACUUCGCCGAGGGCCGCGACGGGACCUUGCCCUACCCCCAGGUGCGCAACCAGUAUAUCCUGGGCGAUCCGGCCGGGGCGCGGGCCCUUGUCGCGAGCGCGGGACGGUGGGAGUCUGUGCUGCACGACGAGAUCUGGGUGUUCAACCAGGGCUACUGGCAGAAGGAUCCGUUCCUGUACAGCAGCAUCCUGAAGUCGCGGUGGGAGGACGUCAUCCUCGACGACGACCUCAAGACGGAUCUCGUCGACACGGUGGAACGCUUCUUCGACACGCGCGACGUCUACGAUCGCCUGCGCGUGCCGUGGAAGCGGGGCGUCAUCUUCUACGGGCCGCCCGGCAACGGCAAGACCAUCUCGAUCAAAGCCACUAUGCAUACGCUGUACAAGCGGGAUCCGCCGGUGCCGACGCUCUACGUCAAGUCGCUCGUCGGCUUCGUGCCCCCGGAAUUUAGCAUCGAGAGCAUCUUCAGGAAAGCCCGCCAGGAGGCUCCCUGCUACUUGGUUUUCGAGGACCUGGACUCCCUGGUGACGGACCAGGUGCGCUCCUUCUUCCUCAACGCCGUGGACGGACUGUCGGAGAACGAGGGCAUCUUCAUGGUGGGGAGCACGAACCACCUGGAGCGCCUGGACCCGGGCAUCGCCAAGCGGCCCUCGCGCUUCGAUCGCAAGUAUUUGUUUCCGGACCCGGACUUCAAUCAGCGCGUCAAGUACUGUCACUUUUGGCAGCGCAAGUUGAGCGACAACAAGGAUAUCGAGUUUCCGGACGAGAUUUGCGGCGCGGCCGCCAAGAUCACCGAUGGGUUCAGCUUUGCAUACAUCCAGGAGGCGUUUGUGAGUGCUCUGUUGGAGAUUGCGCGGGAGAAGGAUACGGCUAGGCAAAACGUGCGACGAGAGAUGGAAGACGUGCAGGAGAAAUGGGAGCUGUUGGAGCUGGGAUGUAGCGCGGAGACGACGGCCAAGGACAAACAUCUGGAGGACUAUAUCUUGUGGAGGAAGUUGGAGCAUCAGAUUGAGAUGUUGAGGAAGGAGCUUUCGAAAGAGAAGCGUGGCACGGCAUGA